GUCAUGGCGCACCGGUGCCGACGCCUCUUCCUGCUCCGAAACGGGCGGAUCCAGCGGACGCCUGCGCAGUGAGAGCCGGUGGUCGCUGGGAGCUGGCGGCGCGAGUGGGGGGGAAGUCAGCCGCAGGUGGAGGAUCGGCAAUCCAGUGGGGUGGUAGCCUGGAACAGCCCCAUCCGUCGGAGGGAAUCACAGAGAUGCAGGUGGGCUGAAAGGGGGCCGCAGGAGUCGCCAUGCCACGCCUAUGCUGAAGGCUCUGCACCCGUGCCCAGAGUCACCACGUAGAAGACCCCCUCUUGCACACACACGCCCACGGUGGCCGAGGCUCGAAGGUUCGGCCCGACGGUGGAGUUGACCGAAACCGCGACGGCGCUCUAUCGUGGGAGAGCCAGGGAGCGGGGCAUUCGCUACGGCGCUCUCACGUUGGUGAUGCGUCGCAGGACCAAAGGAUGAAAGGGCAGCAGACUGCUUCUGGAGGGGAGGAGGGUUCACUUCACCUGCAAGAAGGUGGAGUUACGCAAGAAGAGGACCAGGCCUCUCCAAGCAUCGCCAGUGUCCAGUCCGCGGGCACAUUCACCGCUGACCCAGCCCUGCGAUAUAUCUUCCGUACAGACAGCAAUGGAGGGCAGCAGGUAACCUACCGUGUCAUUCAGGUGACCGAUAGCCCUUUAGACACUCAAAAUGAGGGUACAGCAGCAGUGAGUGUCCUGGCCACAGCUCCUGGAUUCUCACCCACCUCUCAGGCCGUAACACAGUCUGUCCUCCAGGGCUCUUUCAUCAAUGGGGAAAGCUCGGAGAUUGACAGCUCUGGAUCGGAGACCCGUUUUGCCUACCUCCCCUCCGCCGAUGCCUCUGCCACUGCUGUAGUGACCACUCAGGGCUCCGACGCCAUUCUGAGUCAGGCUUCAGCAGCAGCCGGUCAGUUUUAUGUGAUGAUGUCGCCACAAGAUGUAUUACCAGGGAGUGGCACUCAAAGAUCGAUUGCACCAAGAGCUCACCCAUACUCUCCAAAGUUGGAAAAUCCCCGGGUUGCCCGAGAUGAUAAGAGACGAGCGCAGCAUAAUGAGGUGGAGAGACGCAGACGGGAUAAAAUCAACAACUGGAUCGUGCAACUGUCGAAGAUUAUUCCGGAUUGUUCUGUGGAUAGCUCGAAGACUGGCCAAAGUAAAGGAGGGAUUCUGUCGAAGGCCUGUGACUAUAUUCAGGAGCUGCGACAGGGAAAUGUGCGCCUGCUGGAGGAGCUGAAGGCGUUAGAGCAACUGCAAGUGGACAACGAGCUGCUGCGGCAACAGGCUGAGGAGCUGAAGAAUGAAAAUGUCCUGCUGCGCUCAUCGCUCCGACAGCACAGUGUGGAUGUGGCUGGACAAGGCAGUGUCCAGUGAUCGACUGGGGUGGGGGAAGAGGGCAAGGGCAGUGUCCGGUAA